GUGCCUGCUGAAACCUCGCAGCAUCCUUUUAAAAGAUUUUGUAUUCGUUGUGUGCUUUGUAAGCAAAAUUCAAGUUGCCUAAAACAUCAUUAGUACUAUUGCUGCCAUGGUGACUCCAUCAGUGCUAGUUCCUCGAGUUGAGAGUUUGGCAAGCAGUGGGAUUAAAUCAAUCCCAAAAGAAUAUAUUCGGCCCCAAGAGGAGUUAAAUAACAUCGGCAAUGUUUUCGAAGAAGUGCAGAAAAAUGAAGGGCCUCAAGUUCCAACCAUUGAUUUGAUGGAAAUUGAAUCUGAGGACAAAGCGGUCCGGGAGAAAUGCCGGGAAGAAAUAGUCAAGGCAGCUAAAGAGUGGGGUGUUAUGCACCUUGUUAACCAUGGGAUUCCUGAUGAUUUAAUCGAUCGUGUCAAGAAAGCUGGCCAGGUUUUCUUUGAUCUUCCAAUUGAGGAAAAAGAGAAGUAUGCUAAUGAUCAGGCUUCAGGAAAUGUUCAAGGGUAUGGAAGCAAGCUAGCUAACAAUGCCAGUGGGCAGCUUGAGUGGGAGGACUAUUUUUUCCAUCUCAUUUUCCCUGAGGACAAGCGUGACAUCUCCAUAUGGCCUAGGACACCUAGUGAUUAUACUGAAGUCACUAGUGAAUAUGCAAGGCUGCUGAGAAGUUUAGCGAGCAAAAUUCUGUCAGCGCUAUCACUUGGCCUGGGAUUGGAAGAAGGAAGGCUAGAAAAGGAGGUUGGUGGCAUGGAAGAGUUACUACUCCAAAUGAAGAUCAACUACUACCCCAGGUGCCCUCAACCAGAACUAGCUCUAGGGGUUGAAGCUCACACGGAUAUAAGUGCACUCACUUUUAUACUCCACAACAUGGUGCCUGGCCUUCAACUCUUCUAUGAAGGCAAGUGGGUAACAGCAAAAUGCGUCCCCAACUCAAUCAUCAUGCACAUUGGCGACACUGUUGAGAUCUUGAGCAAUGGGAAAUACAAGAGUAUUCUUCACAGGGGACUUGUUAACAAGGAGAAGGUAAGGAUUUCAUGGGCAGUUUUUUGCGAGCCGCCGAAGGAGAAAAUCAUCCUCAAGCCACUGACAGAAGUUGUGACUGAGGCUGAGCCUCCAUUGUUCCCUCCUCGCACCUUUGCACAGCAUCUUGCGCAUAAGCUUUUCAGGAAGACCCAAGAUUCUCUCACCCCCCCAAAGUCUGAUUAAUGGAAGCACAUCCCUGCUCUUCAAGCUAUUGUGCAUGCUGCCCUGGUUCCUAUGAGACUAUCAAGAAACAAACUACAAGAAGAAGAAAGACGGUUCAUAAUGACCACGCCUGUGGUGCCUUACGUUAUUUCGAGUUCGUAUGGUGAUUUGUUUUCUAUUAAAGUAUGUAGCAGGUUUAAGACCGUGGAUAUGUGUCUGUCCUCUUUUUUCAAUUGGUUGCUAUAUUAAUUAUGUACCUGCUUUAAUUUGAUUGAAUAAUGUAGACCGACUUUUCUUCUUCUUGCAA